AGCAGAUUUCAGGCGACAACAACGCCUUGAUCUUUUUGUUCAGCUAUUGACGUGAAAGCAAUGAACAUCUACGGCAAACUUCUGGUGGCAUGUGUCCUCCAAACUAAUGUUUGGGGGACCGCUGCUUUCGUUACCCAAAAGUCGAAGGGGUUUGCUUUCAGAGGAACAGAUGGGUUAUCGCCAACUGUGUCAUACUUGGAUAGCAACGGGAAAGGAUCGUACAUGGCUUCAUCCAAAUUGGCGUCCUCCGAAGGGUCGACACAAGGCGAAGGUGUUAUGGACAACAGUCAAUCUAGGGGACCCUCUAGUAGUAGCCCAGCGAGCGUAUUGGACGCACGUCUUACUGCCCUAGAACAACAGCAAAACCGUGGGGCACAAGGCGGUGGACGUCCCCAAAACCAACCGAGGAAGCUUUGGGAUAGCAGAUCGGCAGUAAUAGUUCAAGGAGGAUCUUUGAAGACAUGGUCUUUCCCUAACCCCUCGGUUGAGAGAGUCCAGGUUGUGAUGAACACAGAAGGUCGUCCGCUGGAUGCCGACAUCGAAUUGUGGCAGGGACCUGAUAACACUCCAUUCAAAAUGCGAGUGUACGUUGAGGACGGUAGCUUGCGCCCAUUUCGCGCAGUGAUUGAAACUCCGCGCGGACCCAAUACGAUCGCGAUUCGCAACACGGGUCACCUCGAGUUCCCUUUGUCUUCCUACGUAAUGGCUGGCUCUGCGGACAAUGGUUUUGUUGCCAGUUCAAUCGACGAAAGUACCCCAAGAAUAAUCCAGGGUGGAGCCUUGCGCACAUACCCGUUCAACCCGUCUGUCGAAAGCGUGCAAGUUGCUUUGCGAACGGACGGACGUCCAUUGAACGCAAGAAUUGAGCUGUUGCAGGGGCCCAACAACAACAAGCAGGUUAUUGAGCUUUACACCGAAGACGGAAUGGAUCGUCCUUUUUUCGCCGUCAUUGAGACACCCGGAAGCGGAAAUGUUGUGCGAGUUGUCAACACAGCAACCGUCGAAUUCCCCAUGACCGCCUUGGUUGAGGCUUACCAGGUCGGAAACAGCAGAUCCAACGCAAACACUGUGAUCGGAGGCGAAGGAGGCGGGUUCAUGGACCGUUCAUGGUAGGGAAGGGGUUUAAUGUUUCUAGUGACUGUGAAUUAAGUGCCACCUUUUUUGUUCGUGUGCGUCUAAAUUAUGACAUAAUAAAAUCCAAACCUUUACAUAAUGAACACAUCUAAUAGGUUUUUG